AUGUGGCUCGGCGCGACCGAACACUGGCUGCAGGUACUGUCUAUUAUUGGUCAUCGUGCGGUCAAGCGGUCAACAAGAGCAGCAUCGUGUGGUCAAGCGGUCAAUAAGAGCAACAUCGUGCGGUCAAGCGGUCAACAAGAGCAGCAUCGUGCGGUCAAGCGGUCAACAUCGUGUGGUCAAGCGGUCAACCAGAGCAGCAUCGUGCGGUCAAGCGGUCAACAAGAGCAGCAUCGUGCAGUCAAGCGGUCAACAAGAGCAGCAUCGUGCGGUCAAGCGGUCAACAUCGUGCGGUCAAGCGGUCAACCAGAGCAGCAUCGUGCGGUCAAGCGGUCAACAAGAGCAGCAUCGUGCAGUCAAGCGGUCAACAAGAGCAGCAUCGUGCGGUCAAGCGGUCAACAAGAGCAGCAUCGUGCGGUCAAGCGGUCAACAAGAGCAGCAUCGUGCGGUCAAGCGGUCAACAAGAGCAGCAUCGUGCGGUCAAGCGGUCAACUAGAGCAGCAUCGUGCGGUCAAGCGGUCAACAAGAGCAGCAUCGUGCGGUCAAGGAGUCAACAAGAGCAGCAUCGUGCAGUCAAGCAGUCAACAAGAGCAGCAUCGUGCGGUCAAGGAGUCAACAAGAGCAGCAUCGUGUGGUCAAGCAGUCAACAAGAGCAGCAUCGUGCAGUCAAGCGGUCAACUAGAGCAGCACCGUGCGGUCAAGCGGUCAACUAGAGCAGCAUCGUGCGGUCAAGCGGUCAACAAGAGCAGCAUCGUGCGGUCAAGGAGUCAACAAGAGCAGCAUCGUGCAGUCAAGCAGUCAACAAGAGCAGCAUCGUGCGGUCAAGGAGUCAACAAGAGCAGCAUCGUGCAGUCAAGCAGUCAACAAGAGCAGCAUCGUGCGGUCAAGGAGUCAACAAGAGCAGCAUCGUGUGGUCAAGCAGUCAACAAGAGCAGCAUCGUGCGGUCAAGCAGUCAACAAGAGCAGCAUCGUGCGGUCAAGGAGUCAACAAGAGCAGCAUCGUGCGGUCAAGGAGUCAACAAGAGCAGCAUCGUGUGGUCAAGCAGUCAACAAGAGCAGCAUCGUGCGGUCAAGGAGUCAACAAGAGCAGCAUCGUGCGGUCAAGGAGUCAACAAGAGCAGCAUCGUGCGGUCAAGGAGUCAACAAGAGCAGCAUCGUGCGGUCAAGGAGUCAACUAGAGCAGCAUCGUGUGGUCAAGCAGUCAACAAGAGCAGCAUCGUGCGGUCAAGCGGUCAACAAGAGCAGCAUCGUGUGGUCAAGCGGUCAACAAGAGCAGCAUCGAGUGGUCAAGCGGUCAACAAGAGCAGCAUCGUGCGGUCAAGCGGUCAACAAGAGCAGCAUCGUGUGGUCAAGCGGUCAACAAGAGCUGACUGGGACAUCAUUUUGGGACAAAAACCCUCAAAAUAA